AUGGCAGUUUCUCAAGAUACCAAAUGUAGAGCACACACGUCUCUGUCAAGUGUUUGCGCCAAUAUCCGUCUAGUUCACAAUCGCUCCACUUGCAGGAGCUUACAAGAUAGAAAUUUAUUGGAGUAUUAUCUGAGACAGAUGGAGCUUUUUGCUAACCUUUGUCGCGGACGUCAGUAUGCUGCAAUCAAUUAUUUAACGCGAAUAUUGCCACUACCAAUACUUCUGAGGUGUAUCGACGACAAUCGAAUAACCGAUGACAUACGUGCAGUGCAAUGCAGGCUACUCUUACACUUACUAGUACGUCUUUGGCAACCCAUAGAUGAAACUGAUUCACAAAACGA